UCAACGAAAUGACAAGCAGCAUCUGUCUAUGUAGCCAUAGCCAUAGCUGUAGCUAUAGUCCCAACCCAAGUCGAGGACGUGCUGCUGUGCGUUGCUAUUUUUAUGAUCGCACUCGCUAAGGAGGCAAACACGGGAGGCAGAGGCAACAGCAACAGCAACAACAACAACAACAACUGGUGGUGCAGACGGAUGCGUGGCCCCAUGAAAAAUCAAUUAACACGCAGAAUUAUUAAAAACGACGAAAAACGAAAGAAACGAACUCUCGGCACUUGAAGUGCUCUGUAAUUUUAUAAGCAACCAAUUGCCGCGCACUUCAAAAGCAGCAGCAGCAGCAGCGGCAGCAACAUCCUCACAACAACAUCCUCAGCAGCAACAUGAAAAUGUCGCCUCUUUGCGGAUUAGGUUUUAUGCUCGCUUUGCUGCAAUUGCUGCACGGCAGCCUCUCCAUGAAAGUCUCGUUCUUUGGCGAUGGUUACGUAUCGAUGCCGCUCCAGGAGGCCAAAAUGUCAACGAACAUAAGAGUCAAGUUUCGCACCAAGCAGGAAAAUGCAUUUCUCUUUCUGGCCGCUGGACGCACGGACUACUGCCUGCUGCGCUUGGAGAGCGGCAUCAUCCAUUUCAGCUAUAAAAUUGACCAGGAUACGUUAACCAUGCUUUCCCCCAAGAAGCAGAAACUCAACGACUUGGAAUGGCACGAUGUGGCCGUCCAGCGUUUCGAGAAUAACAUAACACUACAGGUGGAUGGAAACAUUAUGCGCAAGACACUGGCCAUCGAAAUGGCGGCGUUAAAUGUGCAUUUUGGCACCUUUCUUGGCGGCGUUGGCGAUUUUCCAGCCGAGUAUUUGAGUGAUGUAAUUGGCUUUCGUGGCUGCAUAUCCGAUGUCUUUUAUAAUAACAUUAACAUCAUCAAACGCGCCAAGGAGCGUACAAGCCAUACGGCCAGCACUGGCGUAGCCUGGAGCUGCAGCAAUGAGUUCGAUGGUACCUUGCAGGACAGCAUCAGCUUUCUCAACAAUGAUUCAUUUGCCUUGAUGCUCAAGGAGUCGCAUGCAGCCGGCGAAACUCUAACUCUACAAUUUCGCACGAUGGCCGAGUCGGGCAUUAUUUACUUCAAUGGCGGCUAUGACUUUGUGUUGCUCGAAAUCGAGAAUCAGCAUCUGAAGUUCACCUUCAACAAGGCCGGCAGUCUGGUGCAGUUCAUGACAAAUGAGUCCGUCUCGGAUGGCAAAUGGCAUCGCAUCCAUUUACGCUAUGAUGCCGCCAUGGCCGAGCUAAUGCUGGACGAUGCGGCUGAUCCCUAUCACGGCACACACGCUAAUGACACCAAGGCGCACAUAAAUCUCGAGAAGAGCAUCUUCUUUGGCGGCGUGCAGGAGCAAAUGCGCCGGCGGCUGAUUAACAAGGGUCUGCGCAUUAACGAACUCAGCUUCAAAGGCUGCAUGCGCGGCCUGCAGGUGAAUAGUUUACCAUUGGGAUUUGGAGAGAUGAAAAUCUCAAGGCACUUGGCACUCAACUGCCUAUGGAAAUAUCCGUGUGUGGAGUACAGUCCGUGCCUGAAGAGUGGCGUUUGCAGUCAGUAUGGUGUGGAUGAGUUCAUAUGCUACUGUGAUCAGUCCUAUUGCAUCAAGGCUGAUUUCCAAGGACCCUUUAAGAUAUUCACCGAAACCAGUCCUGAGGUGGAGUUGCUUUACAUAACGCCCAUGCAGCUGAUCGAAGGCGGCACUGCUUUUCUUUCGCCCCACUUCAUAGACAUCCUGCUCGAUACGCGUCGCUAUCCCAGUCUAAACGAAAACUCAAUUGCCUUCCAUGUCGUCCAGCAACCCAAGUAUGGACAGCUUUUGCAAUACUCUGCAGAGAAAACGAAUUUCGUGCCUUGUCGCACCUUUAAUUUGGCCGAUCUGGCCACCGAUAAACUCAAAUAUGUGCACAACGGCAUGGAGAACUUCAACGAUCAUGCCACUCUCGAUAUGCAAAUCUAUGGUGACGCCCAAGUGCCGGAGAACUUGCUGGGCAAGCACCGAUUUUUGUUGCAUGCCAACAUCACGCCCGUAAACGAUCCUCCUCAACUGCAGCUGCACUCGCACAAGAUCUUGCGUGUUAUAGAGGGUAUAGAGCGUAUCUUGGAUAUGGAUCUGUUUAAUAUUGAUGAUCCGGAUAGUGCGGCUGAAGAUCUAAUCUACACCAUACUUCCUUCGACCAAAUCUCAGGAGGCCUACGGACGCUUCAUGGUCAACGGCAUACCGUCGAUGACCUUUUCUCAGGCCGAUGUCAAUGUUGGCAAGGUGGCCUAUCUAUACAACUCGACGACUGCGGAGUCCUUCAGCUAUCAGUUACAGCUGCAUGUCUCGGAUGGCAUAGAGACCAGUGAUACGGUCUAUUUGCCCGUUUCGGUACAUCCACUGGAGCUGCGUUUGGUUAACAAUACAGGCCUCAUAAUGAUACACAAGAGUUCGCUGCUCUUAACGCCGGCCAAUCUAUCGAUUGGCACCAAUGCCGUGGACGAGCACAUAGACAUUCGCUAUGAUGUGGUUAAGCCACCGCAAUAUGGUGCUCUGCAGCGACUGCGUCAGAUUGAUGGCUCUUGGGUGAAUGUGGACUGGUUCAGCGAUAGCCAAAUGCUGUUGGGUCACAUACGCUAUUUGCACAACAGCGAUUUCCCCUGGCAAGACGAAUUUAAGUUUAUUGCUUCGUUCGGGUUUGUGACCACGCAAACAUUUGACUUCCGCAUCACUUUCACACGAUUGCGUAUAACAACCAGCAAGCCAGCUCUGGUGGCCAUCAACGGAUCGCGUGAGUUUCUGCUCACCAAUGUCCUGCUGUCUUAUGAGACUGUGCCCAUUGGCAGCUUCCCACGCAGCAUUAUCUACAAGAUUAGCAAACCGACCAAGUAUGGUGGGAUCUAUGUGGAGGGUUCCCGCAAGGCGGCUAAGGAAAUGGAUUCGUUUACGCAGCAGGAUAUUGAUAAGCGACGCAUUCGGUAUCGGACACACAACAGCUGCUACUCGAGCUUCAGCGAUGAGCUGGAGUUCACGGUCUCUGUGGCCGAGUGUGAUGAUGUUGUGGGGAAACUAACCAUACUCUACAGUCCACUGGAGGAGCUCACGAAUAAGCUAACCUAUCAGAAGCACGAAGUGCUGCAGGUACAGGAGGGAGAGCGGGCGCUGCUAACCAAGAACCAUUUCGAGAUACGUUUCAACAUCUACGAGAGUCUGCAGUUUCAUGUUGCCAAUGCACCGGAGCAUGGACUCGUCUGCAUGUAUGAGGAGCAGACGGGCGUGGCUACGCCCAUCGUACAGUUUACGCUGGAGCAACUAUUUCGCAACGACAUCUUCUACUGCCAUGAUGAUACAGAGUCGACGGACGAUGGUUUCGAGCUGCUCAUACUCUCGAAUCCGGAGACAGAUAUGCAGUUCGUGGCCAAAAUGCAGGUGCACAUAAAGCUAGUAAACGAUAACGAACCCUUUCGCACUGCAGAGCGCAUCUUCCAUGUGGUACGCAGCGGCAUACGCACGUUAAACCCGGCCGUACUUCAAUAUCUCGAUGCGGAUGUGAAUACCAAUCACACAGACAUCCACUAUAUACACGUCUCCAGCACCAAUGGGGCCUUCUAUAAAUCAGGCCACUUUGUGGACAGCUUUAGUCAGGAUGACAUAAGCAAUCGACGCAUUAUGUUCCAGCAUAAGGGACCAGAUGCGGGUACAGCCUCAUUCAUUGUCACCGAUCACCAACAUGAAGUAAACGGCUUGCUCGAAAUUCGUGCCUCCGAUCCCUUCGUCUCCAUGCUGCCCACAAAUGCGUCCAUUGUCCAGGAAGGCAAGUAUGUUGUAUUGAAGAACAAGGACUUCAUUUUGGAAACCAAUUUGGAUAUGAAACUGGACGAAAUCUACUAUGAAGUGAUUAAGCCACCCUCCUAUGGCAUACUCAUGUAUUUGGGCACACAACGAGGGAAUGCGGAAAACAACGGCACUCUUAGCUACAAGGCUACUAACUUUACCUCCCUCAGCAAUUUCACGCAUUUAGAUAUUGAACGUGAACGAUUGGUGUACUGGAACACAGAAAUAGCAUCUAUGGAUAAAGUGAGAUAUCGUGUGCACAUAAAAAACAUAACUACAGAGGGCGAGGUAAUCUUUCGCAUUUAUCCCUCAGCCUAUUGGGAGCCUCUGCAGGUGAAGAAAAAUCAAACCCUUUAUGUGGAGGAGUCUACAAGCGUGCUUAUCUCACGCGAUAUUUUGGAGGUUGUUCAUCCGAACAUCUCACCCGGGGACAUAACAUUCUUGGUCACUUCUUCGCCGCUGCACGGUUAUCUGGAAAUGCAAUCCAUGACCUUUGAUGAUGAAUAUAACUGCAAGGUCUUUGACCAAUCCUCCGUGAACACUGAGAAAAUGUUCUACAUACAGGCUGGGGUCAACCAGUCAAUGGAUUACUUUAUCUUCGAUGUCACAAAUGGCAUUACCUGGCUGCGUCAGUUGAUGCUGAAGAUUGUUAUCAUUCCAGAGAAACUUUACAUGCACACCAAUAUCAUAUCUGUGGUUGAGGGUAAAACGGUGCAGCUGAGCGCUACAGAUAUACAACCCUAUUCCGAGUACUAUCGGUCCAAGAUUUUGGAGUAUAUAGUGACGAUUACGCCCCAUUCGGGAUACAUUAUGGCAGGCACUUCGAAAGUAAAGCGCUUCACUCAAAAACAACUAGAACAGGGAACCAUUCAAUAUGUGCACAAUGGAAGUGAAAACUCAACGGAUACUAUUACCAUGGUAGCCUUGGCUAGAAACAAGGAGAGCGUACCGUUUGAGCUGGAGUUUGCCGUAAUACCAGUCAACGAUGAAGAACCAAUGAUGGUAACCAACACGGGCUUGCAAGUGUGGAACGGUGGGCGUUAUGUGAUCAAAUAUACAGAUUUGAUGGCUCAGGAUUAUGAUACACCAGCCGAAAAUCUUACCUAUAUGGUACAUCACAUCUAUGGUGGGUACUUGGCCCAGAAAUCCGCACCGAUGCAAAAAAUCGAUCACUUCACACAGUCACAGAUCAAUAAUGAACAAAUCUACUUCAUACACGAUGCCAACUCGCGAAAGAAUGAGUUAUCCUUUGUGGUAACUGAUGGUCUGUUCAAUACCACAACGCAGCUGCUCAAUAUAGAAAUCAAGCCCAUUGAAAUAAUUCAAGAACGUAAUGAGAACUUGCACGUCUUUCCCCUAACGAAGAAGCAAAUUUUGCGCGAUCACCUGCACUUCAAGUGCUCCGAUGAGGAGCGUGAAAUACGUUACAAUAUCACGAUGCCACCGACCCGAGGACGCAUUAUCAAUGAGUACUUGGAGCAUGGAGGCGGCCAUUCGAAGGAGGUCAGCGAAUUUACACAGAACGAUGUGGACAAUGGACACAUAUUCUAUGAACAUACGGUUCUGAUUAUGGAGUUUCGUAGCAACGACUCAUUCUAUUUUGAUGUCUUGGCUGAACGCAGCGAUCGUUUGUUGGAUCAAAAGUUCAAUAUCGAAAUAUCCGUUUCUUCCGGUGGUCUAUUGAGAUUUUUACCCGUAUCUAAACUAAAUGUUACGGAGGGUGGUUCAGUGCCCAUUAAUCUGGAUUUCUCCAAAAUUCUCGAGUAUUUGAAAACACGCGCAGGCAUUCAUAAUCCGGAGUUGUUUAUAGAAGCCGUACAAAACCCCACAUACGGUCGUAUUGGCUUGGGUCACGAGUUCAAGAGCUUGCAGCGAUACCAUCCGAGUGAUUUCUUAACCAAGAAAGUUUACUACAUACACGAUCAUACCGAUACGCUUGAGGACACCAUACUCAUGUCUGUCUAUUUAACGCAAGGGAACAUUUUUCUGUGUAAUCUGACAAUUCCAGUUUCGAUUCAACCCAUCAACGAUCAGCCCUUUCAGCUGAUAACGCAUUUGCCAAAAAUGACAGUUGUCGAAGGCGAGAAUCGUACCAUUACACGCAAUGUAUUGCUGACUGAAGAUAAGGACACGCCGCCAGAGGAAAUCAUUUACGAUGUGAUGAGCGGCCCCACGUUGGGCGUGCUUAAAAAAUUGAAUAACGAUGGCCAUGCUGAGGAAUUGCUGGCCUUCUCGAAUCAAUUCACGCAGGCGGACAUUAACAACGAUCGCAUCGUUUAUGUGCACUUUGGCAUGCCACAGUCGACCACAUUUUGCUUCACCGUCUCCGACGGUCAAUUUAAUCCGGCCUAUGAAGUCUUUACCAUCAAAGUGGCGCCUAUAAGUCUGUUGCCAGCUUCCGAACAGCAGUCUGUGAGCGUGCAACAGGGGGCGACAAGUGCACCCAUGAAAGUGGAACAUAUCGGACUGAGCACAAAUGUGCAAACUGAACGCUUGUCCUACAACAUUACCAACUCCCCACUCUAUGGCAUAAUUGUGUAUAAACAUCAGCCCACCCUGAGGUUUACACAGCAGCAGCUGGAGACCUCGCAGAUCAGUUACAUGCAGACGGACCUGAAUCGUUCAAAUGACACCUUCCAAGUGAGUGCCUAUGUGCCCGGCACCAAUUACGCCGCCCAAGUUGAUGUCGUAAUAGCCGUGGAGCCUGUCAUUAAAAUCAACGACGUCGCCCUGCGCGAUGCUGAGUCCAGCACGAGUGCAGCAGGUGGAAAGGUUAGGCUGAGUACCUCGCUGGUCAAUGAUAAUGCUCUCUCUCUGAAGCUGAAUAGAUUCAAUCCGAAAUUCGUUAUCACUCGCAUGCCAGCGACGGGCCAAAUUCGCAAGAUUAUACGCAGCACUGGUCUGACAAAUGAGCCGCAGAACGAGCGCUCCACCAACAUAUUCUCCUACAAGGAGCUCCGUAGUGGUGUCGUCUAUUUUGUGCCCAACAAAGCUAUCGACGAUACAGAAGCGGACACUGAUAGCUUCGACUAUCAGCUGCUGAUUAAGACCGUGCAGCCGGCACAGGCUACUGUGAACAUCGAAUAUCGAACACAUGCCGAUGAGGCGGAAACUGUUCAUCUGGGCAGUACAAACAUCUCGAUUAACUAUUUAGCUGUGGGUUGUGCUCUCUUUAUCGUGAUCAUUUGCAUUUUGAUUGUGCUGCUUAUAUUGAAGCUGCGGAAGUUGCGGAAACACAAGGCAAACAUAUCGAAGGAUCAGCCACCUGCCUUACCCUGUCCGCCCGACUUGACUUCGGUUAGUCCACAGCAUAAUCAUCAUCAUCAUCACAACCAUCACAGCAAUCAUUAUGCCAGCUCUGAGGCGGACUCUGUGCCCGCUACCGGCAAUUCAACGCCCCUGCCGGGCUUCAGCAACAUACCCCAUUGCAAGAUCAUACCCGUGGAAUCGUAUAAGCACGAGUUUCCCGACUACGAUCCCGACGAGGACGAGACAGACGAUCAGUGCGAUCCACAGCAGAUUAUGCUGCCCCACCGCUACAAUCCCUAUCAGUUGGAACACGACGCCUGGAGCUCUUCCUGUGACAUGCCCAACGAUUUUAUGGGCUAUGCCUCAGUGCCGCAAAGCAUAUCCGGUUCGGUCAGUUCACCGCCCUCGGCGCCGCCCACGAAUCCGCUGCUGCGUCGAAAUCAGUAUUGGGUCUGAACGCGAGUAUACUUGUAUGUUGUGUGUGCUUUUGCAGAUUAGUUACAUAGCUAUAACUACAUAUUUAUUAAUGAUGUGUGUGUACAUUUAAGGACUGACUAAUGAGAUUCGACCGUUAAUUUUUAGCGCAUUUUUUGACUUCAUU